AUGUCAACCCCGCCGUCCCAAAUGUCUGGCGCGGCCGGCUCCGCGACGUCGUCUGCAGCCAGGCAACCAGACGACGUCUCUGGGCUCAUGGCGGCAAUUCAGUGUGUGCUGGCAGAGCAUAAUGUUGCGGAUGCUCGGUUUAUUCUCGAGCUACCACCAACGGUUGCCGUUGCCGCGACUACUGACGACGACACCGUGCCGGUGAUCCAGCGAGCGGGUAAGUUGUCGUCGGCGACUGCGCCGAUCGGUCCUCCUGCCUUGAACACUGGAGGAGGCGCAGCCACCACUACGCUUCUGAUGGGGAUGCAGACCACCCCCGCUACUACCCCACCUCCUCUACCUGAGCAUCAGCGACCCCCACCGCGCGCUCGGUCUCCAGCGCAGCAGCGAUCUCCAACUCGGCAGCACCACGAGUCUCCUCUGAAGAAUCUCUUUUUCUCAUCCUCAACUCUGCAGCCAGGUGCCCCUGAGCUUAGUGACAGCGUGAACUCGCUCGGCUCCACGGCACGCCCAGCGCCGAACGCGACUGCCAGCGAUGCGAGUGGAACCCGGGUUGCACCAGCUGCGAUGAUGCAGACGGAGCCGGCGAACACCAUCCCCGCACAACAGCUGACGCAGUCGCGUCCGCCAUCUCCGGUGGGCCCUGUUGAUACCCUCACAUCGGACGACGCCGCGGUUGCUCUCACAGGCGAGGCUACCGCAGGGAUCUGCCACGUGUCACAUCAGCUCGCGCAUGACAUAGCAGUAGCCGAGGUUCAAAUGACACGGAGGGAAAUUCUGCAGUCGUUUGUUGGCCGCAGCGCCAUCCUCGACAAUAGGCGGCAGCGCGAAGCCCAGAUGCAGGCUCAGGCGUCAAAGCUGUCGCUGAACGGCAUUCUGCAUCCUACCGUGCCAUUCAAGACUGGUGCGACUGGCUCAACUACUCGGCCGUCUUCACAGCCUCGCCGUGGUACUGCAACCCCAGCGGAGAAGACACCUGUGCGCGAAUUCAGCGCUGAUGCCGCCAUCUCUAGUGGCUCAGUGGCGAGUACGCUCUCCACCGCCGUAUCGUCUCCCUCUCCUCCGGAACCACCACAGCCGCAGCGUCGCGGCGUCGUGCGCCUGACUCCUCCGCCGCCGAGUGUGUCUCUCAACAGCGGUGGCUUUGGCGUCCGCGAUCCGGCUGUGGGGGAUAGCAGUUCCCUUCCCUCGCUCAUAUCAUCUAAGAAACUUGCCGUGCCUGGCAAGACGCCCAUCUUCAGCAUUCUCAACAAGGACGGGACUCGGUUGCUCGACCAUGGCGAUGCCGAGGUAGCACUUGGGACAUCGUUGUCUGGAGUGGUACCAACCGGAAGCACAUGUGUAGCUGCAACGGGGGACGCUACGAAUGGCUGUGGGGAAGCAGAGGCGAGUCAACCCACCGGCAACAGCAACAACGGCAAUAAUGGCACCUCCCACCGCCGUCACUCACGCCCUGGCAGCGUAUCCCUCCUCGCCGACGACCGCGCACCACCGUCGCUGGUGCACGAGCCGCUGCUUGGGACGGCAGCAGAGGAGGAGGCGAACCGACAGCGCAGCAUUCUUGUGCACACCCAGCCUCGUGCCGCCAUGCCACUGACUCAGCCGCUGGAGGGUUCCAGUAGCAAGGUUAGUGGAGGGGCGCUGCCGAAGCUGUGGUCGGAACAGAGCAAGGACAACGCACGUCGCGCCUCGCAGCUGCAUAACCAGUCGCGUCUAUCGUACACGACGCAGCCGGACAACCUGCCAGUGUCCUCCAAGACGGUAACCACAGAUGAGAUCGGCAAGCACCAAACCGGCGCUGUCAGUGCUUUCUCCGUAUCGCCUCCCCGCUCUCCGUGUUGGUCGCCGACCUCUUCAGCGGACACCACAUCUGCUCGGGCUUCUCUGCGUGCCAUGCUGCAGGAGCAGCAACUUCUGCAGGACGCCAGCCGCCGCGCCAUGGAGGAGCACAAUCGUCUCAUGCAAGCAACUCGAGUCGCACGGGCGCCAGCGACCGCGUCGCCAAAUUUGUUCGACACAUCGAAGACCCCGUCGGGGGCGCUCGUGGCUCCACUAGUGCGCACCACAACGGCACCAGCCGGCGCCGCGGCUGCCGUACCGGCGGCAACGAAGGAGGAUGACACAGCGUUCCGGAAAGCCGGCAUCCCGCCCUCCCCGCGAGCGUCGCCGCCAGGACACAAUGCGAGUGGCGUAUCCGCGCCCAAUGGAUGCGGUAUUCACGUUGUGAAGUUUACACUUCCCCAUGCAGAGGAGGCGCGGCAGGCGGCGGUGCAGCAACUGUGUCGCAGCUCCUCCGGGACGCAGCACGUGAAUAGCAAGGAGCGCUAUCGAGCUCUCCUGGCCGCGCAGCAGAACGACUUCACCACGCACGAGGCGAAGUCGCAAAGCUACAAGGAGCUACUGGACCGCGCUGUGGAGUUCAAUCGCUACCAGCAGCAGCAACGAUCCAAGCCAUCUUAG